AUGGAGAAGAAGAGGAUCGCAGUUGUGGGCAGCGGAAUCACCGGUAUUGGUGCUCUCUAUGCCCUUCGAAAUACCCCCCACGAAGUGCACCUCUUUGAGGCUGCCGACCGUCUAGGCGGUCACACCAAUACGGUGCAGUUCAGUCAUGAAGACCGCAAGACUCCGGUCGACACCGGAUUCAUUGUGCUUAAUACCGCUACUUACCCAAACUUCAUCGCAUUCCUCAAGGAGCUCAACGUUGAGACGGUGGAAACUGCCAUGACCUUUGGCAUCUCUCGUGACGAGGGAGCAUUCGAAUGGUCCGGAACUUCGCUCUCUUCCAUCUUCGCGCAGCGUGAAAACCUCUUCCGCCCUUCCCAUUGGCGCAUGAUAUUCGACAUCAUCCGCUUCAACCAAUUUGCUCUCAAUCUUCUCCAGGAUGAAUCCGGUGUCGACCUUGAACUCAGCAUCGGAGAGUAUCUGGAUCGAGAGGGAUAUUCUGCCAGCUUCAGGGAUGACUACUUGAUCCCUAUGACUGCCUGCGUGUGGAGCACCGGUGCCGAUAAAUGUGCUCUGGAGUUCCCUGCCCUAACCUUAAUUCGCUUCCUUUGGAACCAUCACCUCCUAAGCACCAUCAGUGUACGCCCGCCAUGGUUGACAGUAAAGAAUGGCUCCCGGUCCUACAUCAAUGCAGUUAUGCGGAACUUCCCAUCUGACAGGGUUCAUCUCUCCACUCCUGUCAAGAGCGUAACAAAUGAGGAUGGCAAGGUGGUUGUCGAACUACCAAACGGCCAACGAGAUGUCUUUGACGACGUCAUUCUAGCAUGCCACGGGAACCAGGCCCGAGACAUCAUCUCCUCGUCUGCUACGGCUGAGGAGAAAGAGAUUAUGAGCGCUUUUCACACAUCUCCCAAUACUGUCUUCUUGCAUUCGGACACCGCACUCAUGCCCCGCCGCCAGGCUGCUUGGUCUUCCUGGAAUUACCUCACGACGAGCUCUCCUACGGCACUAAGACCCAGGGUUUCAAAGAAGGGCUCUUCGUCUGGUGCGCUGAGCACUGUGUCUUUGACAUACAACAUGAACAUCCUACAGCACAUCCCGGUAUCCGAGUACGGCCACGUUCUCGUCACCAUGAACCCGCCACACAUGCCAAGACCUGAACUUACGCAAGCAGCCAUACAAUAUGCACACCCGCUCUACACUGCUGCAGCGGUCAAAUCGCAGGAACUACUUCCUACGAUCCAAGGCAAGAGGGGCAUCUGGUAUGCCGGUGCGUGGACUGGCUAUGGUUUCCACGAGGACGGGUUUUCGUCCGGGAUAAGGGUGGCCUGUGAGGGCCUGGGUGGUGACGUGCCAUGGGAGAGGGUCGAAACGAAGUUUAUCAGGGGAAAUAAGCCUCACUUCACAAUGAAGGAUUACGUCGUUCGCGUCUUUAUUACUAUCCUAUUGAUAUGGAUUAGAUUGGUGGAGACUGCGAUGGCACGGUUUGGGAUUUGGCAGCCUAAGACAGGAAAGGGGAAGGUCGCAUAA